AAAGUUUUAUAAAUCCGUGUACUUCUCUUCUCCCGCGGUAGUAGCGUGUUUGUCUAUAUCUUUAUGGCAUUUCUUCGCCUUUAGUUUGUGAAAAAGUUGUAACAAAAUUUUGAGAUGCCGAACAACGCGUUGAAUGGAAAUCGAGUAGUGGAUGUAAAUGUGGAAGGAGGAAGGAACAAUGAAAAUGAAGAUGAUACUCCAGAAGAUGAAUUUCAUUUUGAUCCGAUAAUUUCACUACCGUUGAUUGAUGUAUCAAGUAAUGAGGAGGAUGAAGAAGAAAUGAUAAAAUUGAGAGCUAAACUUUACCGAUAUGAUUCAUCGAGCGACCCUCCAGAAUGGAAGGAAAGGGGUACUGGAGAAAUAAAAUUGCUCAAACAUAAAACAAAAAAUAAGGUUAGAGUUGUCAUGCGCAGAGAUAAAACAUUGAAAAUCUGUGCUAACCAUUUCAUUACGCCUUGGAUGGAGUUAAAACCAAAUUGUGGAAGCGAUCGUGCAUGGGUUUGGAGUGCACUUGCUGAUUUUGCAGAUGAAGAACUUAAGUCGGAAUUGCUGGCGAUAAGAUUCACCAAUGCAGAAAAUGCUGCAUUGUGGAAGGAAGCAUUUGAAAAAGCUAAGCAAAUUGUUGGAACUGAAUGUGAAAUUUAUGUAGGUAAGUGUCAUACAGAAGGAAUAAAGACUGACAGUGACACAGACAGUUCAAGCGAUGUGAGUUAUAGUGUCAGUAGUGAAAAUGAAGAACAGGAUAAGAGUUCAAAGCAGACUACUCCUGUUCAUGAGGAGCAUUUCAAGAAAUUGGAGAAUAAAGAUAAAACUGAAACAAAUAUCGAAGAAAAUGUAACUGAGAAACUUAAAGAAUUGAAUGUUAUGGAAUCUCAAAACAAGUAACCUGUGAAUUUUAAUUAUGUAUUGACUACUGAAAUUAUAAAUAUAAUGUGACAUUCCAAUGUAAA